GCCCACCACUCUGCAUUCCGAAAUACCCAAAUCAACAACAUUAUCCUCGUUCUGCACUUUUGCGCUCUUCUUGGCGGCGGCAAUGGAGGCAGCGUCGGCGCGGAUGGCCGCCCGAGACAGAUAUGGCGGAUGGGGAGAUGCGCCAACCUCACAGCUCCAGCGCUUCAUAUUAAACGCCUGUGACCCCCAGAAUUUCGAGCCCAACCUCGCGCUAAAUCUCGAGAUUACGGACCUGAUCAAUACGAAGAAGGGAUCAGCGCCUCGGGAAGCUGCAGUGACAAUAGUGCACUACAUCAACCACCGCAAUCAGAACGUUGCCCUUCUCGCUCUCAACCUCCUCGACAUUUGCGUUAAGAACUGCGGCUAUCCUUUUCACCUUCAGAUCAGCACCAAAGAAUUCCUCAACGAGCUCGUCCGCCGCUUCCCCGAGCGGCCUCCGGUGCAUGCGUCGCGUGUCCAGAACAGGAUCCUCGAGCUUAUCGAAGAAUGGCGGCAGACAAUAUGCCAGACGUCGCGGUACAAGGAAGACCUGGGCUUUAUAAGGGACAUGCACAGGCUGCUGAGCUACAAGGGCUACAUGUUCCCUGAGGUUCGGAAGGAAGAUGCGGCCGUGCUAAACCCGAGCGAUAACCUUCGAUCGGCAGAGGAAAUGGAAGAGGAAGAGAGGGAAGCUCAGUCAGCCAAGCUCCAAGAACUGAUUCGGCGCGGUGGUCCGCAAGACCUGCAGGAAGCAAACAAGCUAAUGAAAGUCAUGGCCGGAUACGAUACAAGGAAUAAGACGGAUUGGCGUGCGAAAGCCGCCGAGGAGGUCUCCAGGAUUCAACAGAAAGCGAGAAUACUCGAAGAGAUGCUCCAGGGUUACAAACCCGGAGAUCAGAUAAAAGAAGGCGAUGUCUUUGAGGUAAUAUUUGAAGGCGAUGUCUUUGAGGAGCUCGCGAAUGCGUUACAGAGCGCCCAACCGAAGAUCCAGAAGAUGUGCGAAGAAGAAUCAGAGGAUCAUGAGGCCGUAGCCAAGCUCUUUGAGAUCAACGACAGCAUACACCGAACGAUAGAAAGAUACAAGCUCUUCAAGAAAGGCGAUAUUGAGGGCGCAAACAAGAUACCACAGGGUACACUUGGAAAGAGUGGUGCCGGCGUAUCGAAAGGACCUGACGAUUCGCUUAACCUGAUCGAUUUUGGGGACCCCGAACCCGCACCAGCAGCUAGGGAACCUCCCUCAGGAAGCACCGCACAACCAGCGCAAAAGGGCAAUGCUUUGGAGGACGAUCUGUUAGGAUUAUCAUUAGGCGGUCCCAGCUUUGGUCAGACGGGCGGCAUCUCCCUCGGCGGGCCUUCAAUAGGCAGCUCGAAUGGCUCAGUUCUCGGUCUGUCCGGUAUGGCGGUUCCAAAAUCCCCUCAACAGCAGCAAGCCGCUGUGCAAUCGAUCAACGACUUAUUCGGAGCAGCCCCAAAAUCAGGUCCGCCUUCCCAGGUUCCGUCUCCGCCUCCAUCAGCAUUUUCGCAACCUCCGCCUCAGCCGGCACGCUCGACCCCCGAUCCCUUCGCUGCAUUAGCCUCACCAGCACCCCGACAAGCUUCCCCGAUGCACUUCCAGCAUUCGAUCAGGUCCCCAACGCCAAGUUCAGGAGUCGCCGACCUUCUCGGAGGCAUCGCCCCUGCUCCCUCAUCCAAUUUAGCACAAAGUAGUGCAAGCGCUACAAAUGACGAUGAUGAAUGGACAUUUGCAUCCGCUGUACCAGACACCACCAUGGAAGUAACAGUGACUAACACCAGCAUCAAUGUUGUUUUCACCGUUUCACGAGAGUCGGACACUGUUCUCCUGAUCAAGUCGCGGGUGUCGAAUAACACGCCCUUGCCAGUCUCAAAUCUGACCUUCCAGGUCGCAGCUUCGAGAGGCGCACAGCUACAAUUAGAACCACAGUCCGGCGUCUCAUUGUCCCCAAACCAACAGAACGGUAUCACGCAGAUGAUCAGGCUCAAUGGCGUCCAACGAGGUUCUGGCAACAACGUCAAGAUGAGGUGGAAAGUGGCGUACACCUUGGGCGGCCAAACGAAGAACGACAUGGGCGAGAUUCCAAGUCUAGGCGUGUCAUAACGACCAGCUGAUUGAAGUAGGGAGAGGACCUGAGUGUUGGCUUCAACGUUCUUUGUGCAUUUUCAGCGGCAUGGUCGGAUCGGAGUGGUUUGAAACGAUCCAAGUGAUUAGAUUCCCGUGGUUGGCCAAAACACUGAUACCUGCACUCCUUCGACGCCAUCGCUCAUAACUAUUGCGCCAAUCUCCAGUAUUUCAUAGCGUGUGAAAGAUUACGCUCAGCGACGAUGCUCUCUUGAGAUCAAUAGUGCAAG